AUGUGCGUGUCUACUUGUAUGCAGCCCUGUCUGUGAAGUCAUUCAUUUGGGUGUUCACAAAGAUAACAUCUGCAAGGGAAUAACAAAGCCGGCCUCGGCUGCUGCUAUAAUAUUCAUUUAAAGAGGAAAUUGGACGUUACAUCGGAGGUUUCAAAAUAACACGAGACUUUGCAUGGACGCUAAAAUUCUUGCCAAAAUAUAACCUAGCCAGUAUGUGUAUGUGAUACAAAUUGUGCAUGUAUUUAGAGCGUUCACAGUGCAAAGUAUAGAAAAAGGUCUUUGAUAAAUACUCUUCCAAUUCCUUUCCAGUUUGAAGCAGUGACUUAAUCUGUGUUCACUCCGCUAGUGUGGUGUUACCGAUUACAGUAAAUGUUUAAAGGCUUGUCAGCAGUACUGACUACAGAAGUACUGUAUGCGUCUUACUGCCACAACAUCUGACACCAUUAAACGAUGGAUGAAAGAAGAAGUGCUCAUAUGAGUGAGGUUUUGUUCGCAGAGAAGUGGAACCAUUGCGCUCGAGUAGAAGUGAAGCAACAGGAAGUCAUCUGGCUGGCCGUACACCUCACCCUUGGACCACAUGAUGGUUAGCUGUCUGCACUUUUGCUGAGGUUAAGCAGAGUCAAAAUGGGAAAAUGAGUCCUACUUCCUUUAUCUGGGCAUACAUACAGCGUAGGAAUAGAUGAGACAACACGCUUUCUCAAGUCAAAAGUUCAGCCUGGUUUCUUGCGUCGAUGUGCCAGGCUCACCCUCCAGAGCCUGAGCUACUGAACUGCUGAAAAGGGGGCUGGCAGACAUGGUUGACACGCAGACUCUGGGCUGGUCCGUGGGCUUUGGCCUGACUGCUCUGGAGCUAGAGGAACUGGACAACAGCUCCCACUCUCUGGACAUGAAGCCCUACUCAACGCUGGACUACACUAACCUCUCAGGAAUGGAGUAUGACCCCAGCCUGCCCCAAGGGGACUACACACACACAGACCUGACUCACAUGUACAGCUACAGACAACAGGAGAGCCAGAAUUACAUCAAACUUGAACCAGAGUCGCCUCCUCAGUACAACGAGAGCAGCCUGCCUUUCUGUAAGCUGCAUGAAGACCCCUCCACUGCUGUGUUGAACAUUGAAUGCCGUGUGUGUGGGGACAAAGCUUCAGGGUUCCACUAUGGAGUCCACGCCUGCGAAGGCUGCAAGGGUUUCUUCCGCCGCACCAUCCGACUGAAGCUGGUCUAUGACCACUGUGACCUUCGCUGCCGCAUCCACAAGAAGAGCCGCAACAAGUGCCAAUACUGCCGCUUCCAGAAGUGCCUGGUGGUGGGCAUGUCACACAACGCCAUCCGUUUUGGCCGGAUGCCCCAGGCGGAGAAGGAGAAGCUCCUGGCGGAGGUCUCGGCUGACAUGGACCACAUGCACCCAGAGUCGGCUGACCUAAGGGCCCUGGCCAAACAUUUAUAUGAGUCCUAUCUCAAGUACUUCCCCCUCACCAAAGCCAAGGCCAGGGCCAUCCUCUCAGGCAAGACCAGCGACAGCUCUCCCUUUGUCAUCCACGACAUGCGCUCCCUUUCAGAGGGGGAGCAGUUCAUCAACUGCAGACAGAUCCCACCCUCUCUAGCCAAUCAGCAGCAGUCUGACUGUGGCCUGCUGCACCCCGGGGACUCAGCUGAGGAGGUGGAGGUGCGCUUCUUCCAGCGCUGUCAAUCACGAUCAGCGGAGGCUGUCCGUGAGGUCACAGAGUUCGCCAAGAGCAUCCCGGGCUUUAUGGAGUUGGACCUGAACGACCAGGUGACGCUGCUGAAAUAUGGCGUCAUCGAGGUGCUCAUCAUCAUGAUGGCCCCGCUCAUGAACAAGGACGGCACGCUGAUCGCGUACGGACAGAUCUUCAUGACACGCGAGUUCCUCAAGAGUCUACGCAAGCCCUUCUGUCAGAUGAUGGAGCCCAAGUUUGAGUUCUCUGUGAAGUUCAACAUGCUGGAGAUGGACGACAGUGACAUGGCUCUCUUCCUCGCCGUCAUCAUCCUCAGCGGAGAUCGGCCCGGCCUGCUCAAUGUCAAGCCGAUUGAGGACCUGCAGGAGACCGUGCUCCACUCUCUGGAGCUCCAGCUGAAGAUGAACCACCCUGACUCCCUCCAGCUCUUCGCCAAGGUGCUGCAAAAGAUGACUGACCUCCGGCAACUAGUGUCUGACCACGUGCACUUCAUCCAGCUGCUGAAAAAGACAGAAGUGGACAUCUGUCUGCACCCGCUCCUGCAGGAGAUCAUAAGAGAUCUGUACUAGGAAGACGGCAGGAGAAAUGAUUUGUGAUGUCAUGUUUGUAGCUCCCGUUGUGCCUUUAGGUGGCAGCUAUGGAAAGCUGUUCUCGCAGUGGUGGCAGGCUGGUGAUCUGCUGGUGAUCUGCUCUCAGUCAAGGGGGUGGUCCAGGGACUGAUGAUGGUUGAGAAAGAGAGUGACCAUUUCAUUUGAAUGCUUCUGUGUGACUGCGCUGACUUUUUUUUGCAUUUUGGGAACGCCUUGAUACAAUUCCUGUUUUAUUAAAGCAAAAAAACAAAAACAUGAGCAAUAAAUAUGGCUUGACACCAAUCUUAACAGCUAAGAAUCUUAACCGUAAAACUAUAAAAAUGGGCUGUUUGCCACCAGGAAACAGUUACAUGUUCAUGGUAAUGCAAUAGAAACUGUAUGUGAAUCAAUAGUAUUAGGUCACAGAGUGUUAUGAAUUACCAUGUAUUGGCAUGGUCUGUUGUUUCACCAUACUUCCACGUUGGCUAUAUGUCAGGUAGUUUUCUGUUAAGUGUUACUAAGGAAGUGGAUAUACAAGGAUUGUGUUGAAACAAGGGAAAAAUAUCACUGUGAAUGCUUUUUAUGAUAUGUCUUGAAACUGUGUAUAUACUUGUAAUUUUUGCUUUGUCAGAUGUUUUUGCUUUUCAUUUAAUCAAGAUCCCGAGGUUUUAUGCAUCAUAAUUCAUACAAUAUAUACAAUAUAUGAGAUUCUGUGCCUCGUGUGAGGUUUCACUCAACCAGCAAAAACAUAUCUCUUGUUAUCUAGCACUGAAUGAUUAAAUGAUUUGGAGUCUUUGUGUCUUGGUGAAUUGAAAGGGAGAUACGCAGCCGUGCCUUCGGUAAAGGUUUAUUUGGAGGAAUAUCUGUGGAAAAUGUUCAUUUUUAAAAUAUAAGCUGGAAAAAAAUUGUCUGAAUAAACCUUCACAAGAUAUUACAUUUUA